CCGAGGCCGGCCUGGGGGGCCCGCAGGGCGCGCGGAGCGCCGAGUGCGCGUCGGGCUGGGCUCCGCACCGCGGCGCAGCAGCGCGGGCGCGGCGCGGCGGAGCGCGGGGCAUGGAGCCCGCCCGCGAGCCCCCCGCCCGGGAGUCCCCAGCGCGGGCCCGGCCGCCGCCCCCCGCCGCCCGCCCCGCGCCCGCCCCCGCCGCGCCCAGGCCGCGCUCGCCCGGCGAGGCGGAGAGCCGCGGCCCCGAGGGGCUGCUGCGGCGAUCGGGGUCGGGCUACGAGGGCAGCACCAGCUGGAAGGCGGCGUUGGAGGACACCACCACACGUCUCCUGCUGGGGGCCAUCGCCGUCCUUCUGUUUGCCAUUCUGGUGGUGAUGAGCAUCUUGGCUUCCAAGGGCUGUAUCAAGUGCGAGGCGCCCUGCCCGGAGGACUGGCUGCUCUACGGAAGGAAAUGCUACUUCUUUUCUGAGGAACCGAGAGACUGGAACACGGGCAGGCAGUACUGUCACAGCCACGAGGCCGCGCUGGCUGUAAUUCAGAGCCAGAAGGAGCUGGAAUUUUUGUUCAAGUUCACACGGAGGGAGCCCUGGAUUGGCCUGCGCAGAGUCGGGGACGAAUUCCACUGGGUCAACGGGGACCCGUUUGACCCGGACACAUUCCCCAUCUCGGGCCCGGGGGAGUGCGUCUUCGUGGAGCCCACCAGGCUGGUGUCGACGGAGUGUCUGAUGACCCGGCCCUGGGUGUGCAGCAAGAUGGCCUAUACCUGAGGUGGGUCAGGCUGGAGGCGGCCCUCCAGCCCGGCUUCGAGACCCGCCUGCCCCAGGCUCCUCUCCAAGGCGAAGCAGUGAGGGGGUUGGCCUCCUCCCUCAGCCCCUCUCCUAGGCCCUGGAGCGCUCGUUCCUGGUCUCCUUGGCCCCAGGCAGGUCCUGUGGCUCAGCAGUCAAAUCCCACAUGCUCAGUAGUGUAGGCGCCUGUCCUCCAAAUGUGUGCACGCGCACACUCACACACACACGCAUGCAAAUGCAUGCACACACUGCCCUCUCAAGUUCAGAGUCCACCCUUUGUCACUCCAACAAGUCCCUCCCUGGCCAUGCCCUGGAACAUUCCUUCCUCAUGCAGCCCUGGUGCUUUGAGGAAGGAUGGGAGCUGACACAGAUUGUGCUACUGACGGCACAGACAGGCCUCCCUCCCCAGUUGUCUCUCUCCUGGUUGCCGGGGAGGCACAGAGGGAUGCUCCCCCUCACCUGGAUCCCCGCAUCCAUCCUCUUUGCCUUGCCUGGGGUUUUCAGACGGGCCCCUGCUGUGUCCAUGGUGCUGUUGUGUUGGUCACUGAUGGAAUAAAGAGAUGACUGGUGUCCAGAGAAGUCUGCUGCCAU